AUGUACACGUGCUCCACGUGGUAUAUACGAGGUGGAAGAGGGUUCACCGGUGCGCAGCGAGCUGCAGAGCAAGCCAUCCGAUCGAUCCAGGAUCAGGCUCUUCACCAGAUAUCCGGCGCGUUCAAACGUACGUCACGACAGGCCCUAGAGGUCUGUCUCCAUGUACCACCUGCAGAGCUCACGCUCGCAAAGCUGGCUGAGGAGGCCUGCCUGCGGAUCAUGACCUCACCACUUCGAUCUACGCUUUACCAAAUACGUGGCCAAGCCCACUGUAACGACCCAUACACGUCGCCACUUUAUCGAUUGGAAACAGCCAUCGACCGCAACUGGGGAACAAUCUACCCCUUUGUAGUGCCACCGUGGUGGGAGCCACCAGAAGCAAGGAUUGACGAUACCCGUGAGGAGGCUAUCAAGGCUAUUGAAGCAAUCUCAGGAACAGAUACAACAAUACAGUUCUUUACCGAUGGGAGCGGCUUUGACAAUGGGAUUGGGGCAGCGGUCUACUCAUCAAUAGGACAGGCUUAUAAGCCAGUAGGCUCAUCUGACACACAUACUGUUUAUGCAGGGGAACUGGAGGGAAUCGAUGCGGCAUUGGAAAUCCUACUCCGAAGCCAGCCAUGCGACGACAACCCACACGAAGCCACAAUCUACACAGAUAAUCAAGCCGCAAUACGCGCCACGUGCCAGCCAGGGCGGUCCUCUGGGCAGUAUAUCCUUCGACGGAUCGUACGACACCUGGGCCUCCUACGCGACAACCGAUCUCGAUGGCGUGUACGACUACAGUGGGUGCCAGGCCACGAAGGGGUCCCAGGCAACGAGAAAGCAGACCAGCUGGCAAAGUUGGCUGCAGUCGAGGCGACACGGCGUACACAGGAGAACGCCCACAUAGCCAGGAUCAGCGCACCCAAUCAGACUACACCACACGCCGCACGAAUAUCGUAUAUUCCAAAUCAGUCAACUAUCCUUAUGGCAGUGUGUCGCCAGAGGCUACAUGCAGGCUUUGCAAAGAGGUGGAAGGAACAGUGGGAGCAUGCCAACCAUGGACGGCAUCUCUAUCGGAUAAUCAAAGCACCAACGAAGAUGGUGUUGCAGCUGCACGAGGGAUUACGACGGGCUUGGAGUUCAGUGUUAAUCCAACUACAAACAGGUAAAUCAGCGCUACGCAGCUUCCUAGCGAGUGUACGGAUUGAAGACUCACCUCAAUGCGAAUGUGGCCUUGGGGAUCAGGAUACGGCCCACGUCCUCAUACGGUGUCCUACCCAUAUAAACCUGCGUAUGGAGACUCUCUGGAAAGAAGCACGCGAAACAGAUUAUCGGAAGCUCCUUAGCGAACCUCAGUGGGUUCGGCAGAGUAUUGAAUUUAUGAUGCGGACUGGUCUAUUGACGCAGUUCCAUCACGUAACCCCCUUAACAACCACGCGCUCACAGUGA